GAAUGGCCAACGGGAAACAACAAAAGCGCCUUGCGCAGCAGAAAGAGAGGAUUGAACAAUUCAAACGUGCCCAACGCUAUUUAGGACUACGCCCUGAGAAUCCAGGUGUUCCUCCCCCAGUUGAUUGCUCGAACCCCCUGAGUCUCCCCUUUCAUCAAUCGGUGGUGUUUGUUAGCAUCGAUGUAGAAGCGUACGAGAAGGACCACUCCAAGAUCUUAGAGAUUGGCGUCGCAAUCCUGGAUACACGCAGCCUUCUUGAUACUCCGCCCGGCGUUGAUGGGGAGAACUGGCGAUCGAAGAUCCAGGCACGUCACUUUUUGAUCAAGGAGAACCAACAUUUGCGCAACUACGAAUUUGUCAGAGGAUGUCCCGAUCGCUUCGAGUUCGGAACUUCGACGACCAUCCCUUUGGAGGUAGCAGCUGCAGCAGUGGAGGGAUGUUUCUUGCCUCCAUUUGGCGGAUCGAUGGAGUUGAACGACGGCAUUGAACUCGAACAGCGGAAGGUGGUGCUCGUGGGCCACGACACACAGACUGAUAUGGAGUACCUCAAGAAGAUCGGGUUCGACGCACUGAGGCAGGACAGUGUCGUUGAUUGUCUCGACAGCGCCCUCCUCUACCGCACGUGGAGACAAGAUCCUCAAAUUACGUCUCUCGGCAAGGUACUGGCCGAUUUCGACAUCGUCGGCUGGAAUCUGCACAAUGCCGGCAACGAUGCGGUUUACACAAUGCAGGCAAUGCUUGCUGUGUGCGUGCGGGAGAGUACCAUCAGGGCUGCCGCACAAACUGAGGUUACGCUGGAACCCAAGGCGGCCGAGGAAGCUGAGGAAGAAGAGGAAGUUUGGCCUUGACUUAGUAGCAGGUCGCAGGUCUUCUGACAUGGAUAUGGUGGGUGUUCCGAAAAGCUGAGAGUGUAAGAAAGCUGCGGGAGUUCUGAGGUUAUGAUCGGACGUGGCGGACAUAACUUGGGUUCUGCUACUGUACAAUUUAACAAGAGGAUAAUAUUACACCUCCUAUACACA